GGAAUUAUCGAUACCGGUCCUAAUAUAUCUAAAUAAAUCCUGAUUCCUGAAUAUGAUUCCUCCAUUUACUGGAAUCAGUUUCCCUCAUUCCGCGUAAGUAUCAAUCACAUAAAUCCCUUCGAUUCGCUACUUUAGACAACUACAAAUAUCUCCCGUCGAGGGUUUGCGUCUCUCCAUCUUCAUCGGAUCGAUCUUAGCAGGUAGAAAGAAGAAGAAAAUAUGGAUGUUGACAUUGACCACUACACUAUUCUUGGAUUACAAUCUGGUGAAGAAGGAUCGAAGCUCUCAGAAAAAGAAAUAACAAAAGCAUACCGAUUAAAAGCUUUAGAAUUACACCCUGACAAAAGACCCAAUGACCCAAACGCCCCUUCCAAUUUCCAAAAACUACAAACAUCAUACCAAAUCCUUAAAGAUGAAAAAGCCCGAAAACUUUUCGAUGAUCUUCUUCGAGUAAAACAACAAAAAAUUCAACGCCAAUCACAACAAGACUCCAAACGUAGAAGAAUGAUGUCAGAUCUUGAAGAACGAGAGAAGAAUGCUUUUAAUCAUCAUGAUCCAACUGCAAAAGCUAGAGAUGAAGAAGAGAGUAUUGCAAGAAAACUUAGAGAAGAAAUUAAUAGGAUUCGUGAAAAACAUGGAAACAAUAAUACGGGUUUUACUGAAACCGGAGAAUCUUCUAGAAAGAAAGAAAAGGUUAGUGUAGAAAAAAGUAAUGUGAUUGAUACAGAUAAGGAGAAGAUGCUUAAAGUGUCAUGGGAGAAGGGUGGUUUGGAGUAUAGUGCGGAAAGAUUGAGGGGGUUAUUUGAAACAUUUGGUGAGGUUAAAGAUGUGGUUAUUAGAAGCUCCAAGAAAAAGGGUUCUGCUCUUAUUGUCAUGGCUUCCAAAGAAGCAGCUGUGGCAGCAACUGGAACUGUGUGUGGAGAUCUUUCAAAUCCUUUAUUGGUUAUACCACUUGAAGCAGCAGUAACUAAUUCUUUUCCAACAUUUCGUGAGCCUGUGAAGUCUUCAAAUGGUGAACAUGUAAAUGAAGAGCUUGUUGGAGCUAGAUAUCAGGCUUUUGAAGAUUCUGUUUUGCAAAAACUUCAAAAGGCUGCUGAGAGACAAAAAUGAGUUUUUGCAGAAUAUCUAGAAUUUAAGUUCCAAAAUUGCUACUUGUUUUGUGUACAUUGAUUAUAUUAUAAUAGAAUGAUAGGUGACAUGUAUUGGAAACUUUGAGUUAUUACAACUCUUGUGCAAAUUUGAAUCUAAAAAUUAACAAAGAGAGUAUUAUUGUUCA